ACGCAAAAAUCCAAAUCCGAAAAUCAACGAGAAUAGAAACGGUUGCACGGAGAAGAGCAAGAAGAGAAUCGGAAAAAGAGCCACUGCCCUGUCUAGGGUUUCCAAGGAAGCAAGCAAAGCGGAGAAGUGACUGAGAAAUCAACCCGAGAGUUUGAAUUCUUUGUUCUUGAAAUCUUAUAAGUCGUGUGAACUGAAGCACUGAUGGCAUCGCGAGGUGGUAUUCGCUUGAUUCGAGACCAAAACUUAAAUCUGAGCUUUACUGGUUCUGGUUCAGUUGGUGGAAACAUUAAUGGUUCGAAAGGGCAGCAGAAUAAAGUAGCAGUCGGUGGAAGGAAACCUCUCGGAGACUUAUCAAAUGCGGGGAAACAGCCUUUUCUGAACCAGGCAUCUAAGAAGCAGAACUCGAAAGGGUUCACUGUCAUUGAGGAGGAAACUGUAAUUGGCCCUUCUAAGAUCAAGAGCAAUGUGACCAGAAAGAAAAGCACUUCCAAAACUGCAGAUAAAGCGCAGUCGACUGGCAGGAAGGCGCUCACUGACAUUUCCAACUCGAGGAAUUUUCCCAACUCAGAGAAGCCCCAUGCCCCCGAGGCACCGAAGAAGAACACGGGCACGAAGCUUAGUGUCCUUGCAGAGGAUUCAAUUCUUGCUGAUGCUAUCGCUGAUGAACAGUUUCUGCACAAUCACCAGGAGUGCAUUAAGAUGCAGGCUUCUGCUAUAGACAAAGAUUGUUUCCUGAAAACACUCGGACUUGACAAGGGUCCUUCGAAACAAUUUGCAUCUCCCUGGUUGUCUCCUGUGUCCAGUAAACUGAUGCUUGAGAGUCCGACAAGAUACUACUCGCAGUAUGAAGAGAUGGCUGACAUGCAAAUGUUGAACCCAUCUCCUCCAAGAUGUGAAGUGUCGAGUGGACUUGACUCACCAAACCCUUGCCAAACUCCAUCCCCAGAUCGGUAUUCCCACUGGAAGGACCAGGACUCUGUGGAUUUUGUGCUGAUGGAUUCCACCAACUCAUUCAAGCAUUGAUUUCCCCUUUCAUCAAUGCUUGUUCCUUAGUAGAUGAAGCUGCAGCAGUCGAUGAGUUCAUGUUUUAGGCUAGAAAAGCAGCACUAAGGGUCUAUUAUCAGACUCUUGUAGUAGCAGUUAGAUGAGUCUAUUGUCUUUUACAUUGGUGUGAACCGAAGCGACUUUGCUUCGUUUGUGUUUACGUGUUGCUUUAAACCCUUGUUUUGCUAUUGGUUCUCAGGGUGAAACUUUCACGAUAUUGCAUGUACUAUUUCAGUGCUACCAAAGUCAAUUCCAAGAAAAAGAGGUAUGGCAAUUCCAAA